AUACACGUGGUUUGGUUACUAUACCGCGUACGUACGUUGCGGACUGUGUUUUCUUAAAUUUAUUACCUAAUUUCACCACGACACACAUUCCCUUGACAAAAUUGAGUGAAAACCAAGUAUUUUUAAGUGAACGCAUUGCAUUUAGGUUGUUUAUUCGAUGUGGUUAGUUUGACAAUCAGUGGGUCUUUUUCUGACAAGCUGUUGAGCCAUGAGUUCAAGCGUAUGCUACAAGUGUAACCGGACGGGGCACUUCGCUCGCGAGUGCACCCAGGGCGGCGUGGCCCCGCGUGGCGACUCCGGCUUCAACCGCCAACGCGAAAAGUGCUUCAAGUGCAACCGCACCGGGCACUUCGCGCGGGACUGCAAGGAGGAAGCUGACCGUUGCUACAGGUUCUUUUACUUUACUAUUAUAGCGUUAGUUGGCGACUCCGGCUUCAACCGCCAACGCGAAAAGUGCUUCAAGUGCAACCGCACCGGGCACUUCGCGCGGGACUGCAAGGAGGAAGCUGACCGUUGCUACAGGUUCUCUUACUUUACUAUUAUAGCGUUAGUUGGCGACUCCGGCUUCAACCGCCAACGCGAAAAGUGCUUCAAGUGCAACCGCACCGGGCACUUCGCGCGGGACUGCAAGGAGGAAGCUGACCGUUGCUACAGGUUCUCUUCCUUUACUAUUAUAGCGUUAGUUGGCGACUCCGGCUUCAACCGCCAACGCGAAAAGUGCUUCAAGUGCAACCGCACCGGGCACUUCGCGCGGGACUGCAAGGAGGAAGCUGACCGUUGCUACAGAUGUAACGGCACGGGACACAUAGCGCGCGAGUGCGCGCAGAGUCCCGACGAGCCGUCGUGCUACAACUGCAACAAAACCGGUCACAUCGCGCGGAACUGCCCCGAGGGCGGGCGCGACAGCUCCGGCCAGACCUGCUACAACUGCAACAAGGCCGGACACAUCUCGCGCAACUGCCCUGACGGCACCAAGACCUGCUACGUCUGCGGCAAGCCCGGACACAUCUCCCGCGAUUGCGACGAGUCGGAGCGGAACUAACACACGCCUCCGACCCCCACUCACACAUAUAAACAAAAACUAUGUAUAUUAUGAUGCCACGCACGGACGAUAAGCAAAGGACGCGAUAAAGCGACUAGAUCGUAAGACCACAUGACUGUAUGAAAUUUAUGCAACGGAAUUAAAUCAGACGCAGUGUACUCUCGAUGAAUGAGGAGUAUGAUUUUUAAAAUGUUGACUUGUAAAUAGGUCUCCCGCCGCGCGGGCGCCGCUCGCGAUAGGUUAAUGUUGUUCUGCACGGUGAACGAGUUAUUGUGUUUUUAAAUCAUUUAAUAAUCAUGAUUGAACUAUUGAUGAGGUAGCGUUACAGUUUUUAGCAUUACAGAGUAUAUAUUUAAUAUAUUUUGUACAGAUUUUUUUGUCAAAAGAUAAAUUGGAUGCUGGCGUACCAUGCGUUUUGACUGGAAGAGGAGGCCCCGGAGUACCCAAUCCUACUGGACUCUCUUGUUCGUCUCGUUACAGUUUAAGUUAGUUCUUGUGCGAUCGUUUGCGGUCUGACGAGUCAAAUGUUCAUCUUUUCACUAUCUGAUGAUUUAUUUAUUUUAUUGAUCAAUUCCUUUGUUUAUGAGGUCCUGCUAACUUGUGGAGAAUUCAGUGGUUAAUUAGAAUUUCAUCAAUCAGAAUAUUUUUUAUUUUGUUAUCCCUAUCAAUGUGCCUGUGUUCAGUACAUUUGAAUGUAUAAAGUUACUUGGCUUCUCAGUGGGAGAUAAUAAAAAUCUUGCCUUAUUA